AUGCGCGGCACCGAUGCUAUUGAGGCAAAGGGUCAUGGCAGAUCAGGCGGGGGUAACAGUCGAGCACACGCAUGCGGUGUAGGUGGGAGUUCAGUUCACGGUGUAUUUGAGGUGAGCUGCAGUGUAUUUGAGGUGAGCUGCAGAGUGACUGACCACUAUAAUGGAGGGAUGAGACAGCAGUACUCUGUGAAGCCCUGCUCACCCGAGAGCAACGUGAAACACACACACGCCCGUGCCUCGUCCGUGGUUCGCUACUACAUCAGCGCAGAGGAGGUGGAGUGGGACUACUCACCUAACCGGGCCUGGGAACUAGAGAAACAUCACGCUACAGAGGAGGACAGUCCAGGCAGUAUAUUCGUGGGCAGGGGAGAGAAUCGUAUUGGUCCACGCUAUAAGAAGGCGGUGUAUAGACAGUACACUGAUGACACCUUCAGGACACAGACGGAACUGCAACCUGAACAACUGCACCUCGGCAUUCUGGGUCCUAUCAUCAGGGUGGAGGUGGGAGAGGAGGUUCUGAUCACCUUUAAGAACAGAGCCAGCCGUCCGUACUCUAUACACGCUCACGGAGUGGUCACUACCGACACACACACACCUGUCCAGCCAGGUUUUAUGACAGAGUUCAGAUGGGAGGUCCCAGAGAGCUCUGGUCCAGGAGUCUCUGAUCCUAACUGUAUCUCCUACGCGUACUAUUCUACUGUUGACUUCGUCAAGGACGUGUUCAGCGGUCUCCUGGGUCCCCUGGUGGUCUGCAGACAGGGAGUACUGCAGCGUGGAGCUGAGGAGGGCACGAGGAAGAGGAGGGACGUGGAGAGGGAGUUUGCUCUGCUCUUCAUGGUGUUUGAUGAGAAUGAGUCCUGGUACCUGGAAGACAACAUCAGAACUUACCUCCACACUGACCCCAGUAACUUCACUGUGGACGACAACUUUAUAGAGAGCAACAAGAUGCACGGUAUAAAUGGUAAGCUGUAUGGAAACCUUCAUGGUCUGACCAUGUCUAAUGGCCAGACAGUGGACUGGUAUCUACUAGGGAUGGGCAACGAGGUCGACAUUCACACCGUCCACUUCCACGCUGAGACCUUCACUUAUAAAACGGACAGUGUGCACCGCGCGGAUGUGUUUGACCUGUUCCCGGGGACGUUUCAGACGGUCGAGAUGACUGCAGGGAACCCUGGGACAUGGCUGUUGCACUGCCACGUUGCCGACCACAUCCACGCUGGAAUGGAGACUACUUUCACCAUCACGGAGAAAGCAUCACAUGCACCUGGUAUUGGAGGUUCCAUCUCCACUCUGCUACUGCCACUAUUACUGACCGUUCUCCACUAGACUACUCUGUGUGUGUGUGUGUGUGUGUGUGUGUGUGUGUGUGUGUGUGUGUGUGUGUGUGUGUGUGUGUGUGUGUGUGUGUGUGUGUGUGUGUGUGUGUGUGUGUGUGUGUGUGUGUGCGUGCGUGCGUGCGUGUGUUCAUAAUGCAUUAUCAGUCAAUGUAAUCAGCUAUCAAACCAAUCAGUCCUACAAUAGAUAAAAUGAUGAUGAAUUACAGAUCUAUAUUACACAGCUUCACCAUCCAGUCAUUCCAUGUUUUAGCUUUAUCAUAGAAGUAGGAAGUAGAAUCCUAGAAUGGACAUGAACCUUCUUAUGAUGGCAUAAAAGGUCAGCCAUGUUGGUCAGGGAGAUGAUCAACCCGUGGUUUGCCAGUGCUGUUAUAAUUUGUAAAGCAAUGAAUUUGAAGAAUUUGCAUUGUAUACAGUGCAUUCGGAAAGUAUUCAGACAAAUCAAAUCAAAUCAAAUGUAUUUAUAUAGCCCUUCGUACAUCAGCUGAUAUCUCAAAGUGCUGUACAGAAACCCAGCCUAAAACCCCCAAACAGCAAGCACUGCAGGUGUAGAAGCACGGUGGCUAGGAAAAACUCCCUAGAAAGGCCAAAACCUAGGAAGAAACCUAGAGAGGAACCAGGCUAUGUGGGGUGUGCAUUCGGAAAGUAUUCAGACCCCUUGACUUUUUUUCCCACCAAAACAGUUUUACGUUACAGACUUGUUCUUAAGUUGUUUAAAUGUUUUUUUUUUCUUUCCCCUCAUUAAUCUACACACAAACACGCCUCAUAAUGACGAAGCAAAAUCUGUUUUUUAAGAAUGUUUGCAAAUGUAAAUAAAAUAAUAAUAAUAAAUAAAUAAAUUCACAUAAUAAUAAUAAUAAUAAUAAUAAUAAUAAUAAUUUCACAUUUAUACAUUUACAAAAAUAUUCAGACCCUUUACUCAGUACUUUUUUGAAGCACUUAUACAGGCAGCGAUUACAGCCUCAAGUCUUCUUGGGAAUGACUCUACUAGCUUGGCACACCUGUAUUUGGGGAGUUUCUCCCAAAUUUCUCUGCAGAUCCUCUCAAGCUCUGUCAGGUUGGAUGGGGAGCGUCGCUGCACAGCUAUUUUCAGGAUGUUUGAUCGGGUUCAAGUCUGGGCCACUCAAGGACAUUCAGAAUCUUGUCCCGAAGCCACUCCUGCUUCUUGGCUGUAUGCUUAGGGUCGUUGUCCUGUUGGAAGGUGAACCUUCGCCCCAGUCUGAAGUCCUGAGUGCUCUGGAGCAGGUUUUCAUCAAGGAUCUCUGUACUUUCCUUCGUUAAUCAUUCCCUCGAUCCUGACUAGUCUCCCAGUCCCUGUUGCUGAAAAACAUCCACUCAGCAUGAUGCUGUCUCCAUCAUGCUUCACCGUAGGGAUGGUGCCAGGUUUCCUCCAGACAUGACGCUUGCUAUUCAGGCCAAAGAGUUCAAUCUUGGUUGCAUCAGACCAGAGAAUCUUGUUUCUUUAGUCCUUCAACUGCCUUUUGGCAAACUCCAACUCUGUCUGGCCACUCUAUCAUAAAGGCCUGAUUGGUGGAGUGCUGCAGAGAUGGUUAUCCUUCUGGAAGGUUCUGCCAUCGCCACAGAGGACCUCUGGAGCUCUGUCAGAGUGACCAUCGGUUUUUCGUCACCUCCCUGACCAAGGCUCUUGUCCCCCGAUUGCUCAGUUUGGCCGGGCGGCCAGCUCAAGGAAGAGUCUUGGUGGUUCCAAACUUCUUCCAUUUAAGAAUGAUGGAGGUCACUGUGUUCUUGGGGACCUUCAAUGUUUUGGUACCCUUCCCCAGAUCUGUGCCGCGACACAAUCCUGUCUUGUAGCUCUACGGACAAUUCCUUCGACCUCGUGGCUUGGUUUUUGCUCUGACAUGCAUUGUCAACUGUGGGACCUUAUAUUGACAGGUGUGUGCCUUUCCAAAUCAUGUCCAAUCAAUUGAAUUUACCACAGGUGGACUCCAAUCAAGUUGUAGAGACAUCUCAAGGAUGAUCAAUGGAAACAUGAUGGACCUGAGCUCAAUUCCGAAUCUCAUAGCAAAGGGUCUGAAUACUAAUGUAAACAAUGUAUUUUAUGUUUUUUAUUUUUAAUAUAUUUGCAAACACCUAAAAACCUUUAUCAAUUUUAGAAUAGGGCUGUAAAAUACAAUUGGAAAAAGUGAAAGGGUCUGAAUACUUUCUGAAUGCACUGCAUUUGUUAGCUCGCUAGCUAACCAUUUGUACAGGAGUGAUUCCAUUAACUGUAUGUGUUAGCGCGACAGCUAGCCAGUUGUAUAGGAAUGAUUCCAUUAACUGCAUGUGUUAGCGCGACAGCUAGCCAGUUGUAUAGGAAUGAUUCCAUUAACUGUAUGUGUUAGCGCGCUAGCUAUUCAGUUGUAUAGGAAUGAUUCCAUUAACUCUAUGUGUUAGAGCGCUAGCUAGCCAGUUGUAUAGGAAUGAUUCCAUUAACUGUAUGUGUUAGAGCGCUAGCUAUUCAGUUGUAUAGGAAUGAUUCCAUUAACUCUAUGUGUUAGC